GGAAUAAUCGGAGCAAGGAAACAACUUCCAUUGGCGCGCCAUCCAGCUUGGUCAAAUACUCUGCUAACGUGGUUCACCCUUGCGCGAGAGCCGAACCGUAUCUCAUCUAGCCAUUUGCUGGUCGAUGAUGGCAUUCUGGUGGACAAGAUCAACACUUGAACUUCGAAACAAGGGCCGUAGUACAGCAUCACGAUGGUGCGGGUUGCUAUCGCGGGGACCGGAGGUCUUGCAAGAUACAUCGCACAUUUCAUCAGGGAUGAGACCAGUCACACAGCGGUCAUACUAUCCAGGAGUGAGCAACCCACACUUGCAGCCGCUGGUCAUCAGGUUGCUGUCGUAGAUUAUCAGAUUCCAGAGUCUCUACAAUUUGCGCUUCUCGGUUGCGAUACCGUCCUAUCCACCGUGACAGGGCCGAAUCAGAUCGAGCUUAUCAAAGCCGCGGUGGUAGCGCGCGUCCGACGAUUCGCUCCAGCCGAGUACGAAGGCUCCCCUCGACUUCGCGAUCCCUCGAACCCUCUGGAUCGCCAGCGCAGCGUUGCGCUGAGGCUGCUGGCCCACUACUCCCAAUCCUUAGAGACGACGAUCUUCGUAUGUGGCAUCUUCUAUGAAAGGUUCCAGCCGGGUGGUUUGGCGGGUGCCAAAACGAAUCUUAUUCCAGGCCUGGACAACGAGGGUGACUACAUCAUGAAUUGUUCUGCAAUGUUCGCCUCCUUUCUGACCUUGCCUGGCAAUACUGGCGACGUCACAAUCUGUAUGACUGCCCUUCAAGAUGUUGGCCGGUUCGUUACCAAGGCACUGGACUUGCCACAAUGGCCACAAGAGAUGCGGAUAUGUGGUCAACGCAUCACGGUCCGAGGGCUUCUGCAGACAGUUGCUCAACUCAAGAAGCAGCAGUUUAAUCCGCUACAGGUCCAUACACUUGCAACCUUGGCACUUCAACAUCAAGUUGCUAGGCAAGCGGGUGAUGCAAGUCAGCAGAAUCGAGUUGCCGCACUGAUUAACACUAUCAAUGGCUACUAUGACUUUGAGGGCCCUUGUCACAACAACCUAUUUCCGGACUGGGCGCCUAUGGACUUUCGCACUUGGUUCAUACUUAAAUGGCACUUAUGAUGUCUUUCCAGACGCCGCAAGUGCCUGACGCGCUCAUAGUUGCGGUGACGUCCCAUCAUGUCACCAAAUAGCAGAACACUGUCCCAUCGAAAGUCUCCUCCUGACGAGCCACUUCUUCCUUUAGCGCGAUGGUAAUAGCUCAUGAAUCAUUUUCGCGUUACUGAAGACUAAGUUUACACUGCCCGGUCGUCGACCGAGUGAAUAUCACAGAUUCAG